AUGAUUGAUGUCAUAUUCUGCUCCGAAUUCGAUUUACUCAAAGGAUGCGUUGUCAAGGCUCAUUACCCUGAGAAUUUCGAAUACGAUGAAAUUACUCUAGCAGCAUAUAUGCUGCCUGAUGGUGUUUAAAAAUUUGAUAAUGAUAUCAGUGUUUUUAAAUAUAAAUUAAAAUAAGUUGUUGACCAAAAAACACAUAAAUUAGUAUCUGAAAUUAACUUAAAUAGUUCUAAAGAAUUGGUUGAUUUGUAUAAAUUUAACAACUAAAAAGAUGAUUGGGAAAUAUAUCAAACUAAUUGCUCACUUACUGCUACUAAUUUAGGAGAUUUUAUAAUAUUUUCUACUCCUGAAAUAGAAUUUGGAGCUGAGAAAUAAAUAUUCAGAUUUCAAACACAUAAAGAUAUUUAAUAUCGUAAACUGAAGGACGAUUUUUACUCAUUUUAUACUUAAAUUGAAGGGGAAUCGUAUGGGAUUCUAUUUAAAAUGGGAGCUCAGAGUUAAUAAAGGAAAAGUUUAUAUUCUUUUAUGGAAAAAUUUGAAGAGUAGCGUUUAUAUGAGAGUCAAUUAAGACUAUCUGAAUUAUCUCUUAAAAGUGUUGAUAAUUAGUAAUAAAUAUAGUUAAAUGAUGAUAUGCAGUCUCUAAAGUAAUAACAAGAAGUAAUUAAUACAAAAGUAGAAAAUGAGUACACUUUUUAUACAGUGAUAAAGAAUAAAAGGGAUUAGCAAUUUAAAAGAGGGAACUUAACAAGAGCAAUAACAAUAGCUUCAUAGAACAAUGAUAUAUUAUAUUAUUUUGAAAAGGCACUUAAGUACUAUGUGGAUUUAUACAUUGAAUUUCCUAUUGAAGAUGACACAACUCCCGUUUUAAAACUGCUUGAAGAUGCAUUUAAUGCAAUCAAUAAGUUAAAUAUUCCUUAAAAAUACCUUUAAAUGCAAGAAGAUUAGCUAGUUUAUUGGGAGGAUCUCUUAAAUAGAGGAUAUGAUCCUUCUUCUGUAAAUCAAAUAGAUUUUGCUUUAAAUGAGUGGUUUGUUUAUACAGUCUAGCCAAACGAUUCAAUUUUUAAAGAUUUUACAAAUGCUAGUCUUAUCGAUUUGAUAAAGAGAUUCUAAGACCAAGUUAUGAAAAUUUGGGCUGCUAUCUUAAAGGAGUAAAGAAUAUUGUUUGUAGGAUAUGAUAAAAGUAUAAGAGAAUGUGUAAAUUUUGCAUCAAGUAUUUAAUUGCUGGCAUUACCUCUCAACUUAUCAAAGAAAAUACAUCUUUACUGUCAUCUCUAAGACCUCUCUUUUGUAGAAAAAAAAUCAUAUAUAGCAACUGUUUCUAAUCCUCUAUUUGAAAACAGAGAAAGCUGGUGGGAUGUUUGCUGCAACAUAUAAGAUGGCUCUGUCAAAGAAAGUGAAAAGCUUAGCACCUUAGAAGCUAUGGUAGAGAAUAAAAUAUAAUAAUUAGAUAAAGAAUUUUAUAAAGAAGUGGAAAAGAAGAUUUAAGAUGGCACUAUUGAUGAGUACGGAGUAAGACAGUUAUUUUUUAAUUACACGAAGUAUACUUUAGAUUUUAUGAUGAAUACAAGCAACCUAAUUGAUCAAGGUAAAGAAGACAAAUUGUUAUAAUAGUCGUUCCAAAAAAGAGCAUAAAGAUUCGCAAAAACCAGCUAUUAUUAAAACAUUAUACAAGACGAAGAAAAUUAAAGAAAUAAGUUUAAAUAAUUUUUUGGUGAAACAAGUUACAUUUAACUUUUUGAGAGUCUUUUAAUAUUAAAGGAUACUAGAAUUUUAAAUGAUUUAGAAUUGAUUACUCUUUAUACAGCUAUAACUACUUAUGCAAAGACAGAAUCCUAGUUGCUAUUAGUUUUGAGAUAUAUUUUCCAUAAAAAAAAUAGUCUAGAUUCUAUCGGUAUAGGACUCUUUUCAAAAUCAGAGUAAGUUGUUAAAAAAAACUUAUAAAUGCUUUAGCAUAUCGAAACCUUUCCUAUUGGUAAACAGGUACUGAAAUCCUUUUCUUUUAUGAUGCUCUAUGCCUACGAAAAUAUGAAAACUAGAUAUUAAUUUACUAAAUUUAAAUGA